CAGCCAGGAGUCACCAAGAUGCCCAUACUGGAAAAAGCUCCCCAUAAGAUGGCAGCAAAACCACCCAGCAGUGAGGAGGAGUCUUUGCCCAAACUUCCAGUGCCCCCACUGCAGCAGACCCUGGCCACUUACCUGCGGUGCAUGCAGCACCUAGUACCUGAAGAACAGUUCAAGAGGAGCCAGGCCAUUGUGCAGCGGUUUGGGGCCCCUGGUGGCCUUGGUGAGACCCUGCAGCAGAAGCUCCUGGAACGACAGGAGAAGACAGCCAAUUGGGUGUCUGAAUACUGGCUGAAUGACAUGUAUCUCAAUAACCGCCUGGCCCUGCCUGUAAACUCCAGUCCAGCUGUGAUCUUUGCCCGCCAGCACUUUCAAGAUACAAAUGACCAGCUAAGGUUCGCAGCCAACCUCAUCUCUGGCGUGCUCAGCUACAAGACCCUGCUGGACAGUCACUCCAUCCCCACCGACUGUGCCAAGGGCCAGCUGUCAGGGCAGCCACUCUGUAUGAAGCAAUACUACGGGCUCUUCUCCUCCUACCGCCUCCCUGGCCACAUCCAGGAUACACUGGUGGCCCAGAAGAGCAGUGUCAUGCCCGAGCCAGAGCAUGUCAUUGUGGCCUGCUGCAACCAGUUCUUUGUCUUGGAUGUUGUCAUUAAUUUCCGCCGUCUCAGUGAGGGGGAUCUGUUCACUCAGUUGAGAAAGAUAGUCAAAAUGGCUUCCAACGAGGAUGAACGCUUGCCUCCAAUCGGCCUGCUGACGUCAGAAGGGAGGAGCGAGUGGGCUGAGGCCAGGACGGUCCUCGUGAAAGACUCCACCAACCGGGAUGCACUGGACAUGAUUGAACGCUGCAUCUGCCUGGUAUGCCUGGAUGCCCCGGGAGGCAUGGAGCUCAGCGACACCAACAGGGCACUUCAGCUCCUUCACGGCGGAGGCUGUAGCAAGAAUGGGGCGAACCGCUGGUACGACAAGUCCCUGCAGUUUGUGGUGAGCCGAGACGGCACCUGUGGUGUGGUGUGCGAACACUCCCCUUUCGACGGCAUCGUCCUGGUGCAGUGCACAGAGCAUCUGCUCAAACACAUGGUGAAGAGCAGCCAGAAGCUGGUCCGAGCCGACUCUGUCAGCGAGCUCCCGGCCCCCAGGAGGCUGCGUUGGAAAUGCUCCCCGGAAAUUCAAGGCCUCUUAGCCUCCUCAGCAGAAAAACUUCAACGAAUAGUAAAGAAUCUUGACUUUACUGUUUAUAAGUUUGACAUCUUCGGAAAAACAUUCAUUAAGAAGCAGAAAUGCAGCCCUGAUGCCUUCAUUCAGGUGGCCCUCCAGCUGGCCUUCUACAGGCUCCACAGGAGACUCGUCCCCACCUAUGAGAGCGCGUCCAUUCGCCGAUUCCAGGAGGGCCGCGUGGACAACAUUCGAUCGGCAACUCCAGAGGCGCUGAGUUUUGUGAGAGCCAUCACUGACCACAAGGCUGCUGUGCCGGCUUCAGAGAAGCUGCUGCUCCUGAAGGAUGCCAUCCGAGCCCAGACUGAGUACACAGUCAUGGCCAUAACAGGGAUGGCCAUCGACAAUCAUUUGCUGGGGCUGCGGGAGCUGGCCCGGGACAUGUGCAAGGAGUUGCCUGAGAUGUUCACGGAUGAAACAUACCUGAUGAGUAACCGGUUCAUCCUCUCAACCAGCCAGGUGCCCACAACCAUGGAGAUGUUUUGCUGCUAUGGUCCCGUGGUGCCCAACGGGUACGGGGCCUGCUACAACCCCCAGCCAGAGAGCAUCCUUUUCUGCAUCUCCAGCUUUCAUGGCUGCAAAGAGACAUCUUCUACCAAGUUUGCAAAAGCGGUAGAAGAAAGCCUCAUUGAAAUGCGGGACCUGUGUAGUCUGUCACAGUCUAUGGUGGGCAAGCCAUUGGCAACACAAGAAAAAGCAACAAGGCCCAUUCAAGGGCACCAACCUUGA